AUGCUCAAUCAGUGGCUAUUACCCGCGAGCCUGCUGGCAAGCGGAGCAGCCGCUCUUCUAAUUCAACCAACGAAUAUCACUCAACAAAGUAAUGAUGUGAACAUUGUCGUUGGUGGGACCAGCUUUGGCUAUCUUCAACCUCUAACCACGACCGCCGACGACAAUUUGGCUUAUGGCAUUCGGGAUCCUCUCUACCACGUGACCACUCAGAACCAGGAUAACCUCACUGGCCAGGACAUUGCAUAUAUCUCGUGCGACUCUGGAGACUAUUCUGGCUUCCUUUCAUUGAAUGAUGUAUUCCAAACGGCACUCGGCGUAAAUGCCUCCGCCAUCGUAUUAUACAGCUUGAAAGAAGCGCAGUGUAAUAUCAGCGGUUUGGAAUCAGCAUUCUCAAGACUAUUCUCCAUGCCGGAUCAGCAGCAAUCUCAGGAUCUGCUCGGUCACAUCAACGCGUCAAAUGACCUCUUUGCAACAAUCCAGAACUCUUCGACCUCUGCGCACAGCGGCGGUAAUAACCCGCAGACUACGUCUCCCUCUUAUGGAUCAUCGCCCACUACUGCAGUUGCUAUGAUCAUCUUGUACAGUGUGACUGGCAUCAUCACAGCAUUGUUCCUCAUCAUCAUUAUCACUGGAGCAAUCCGCGCACAUCGUCAUCCAGAACGUUACGGACCAAGAAACGUCAUCGGAAGACCUCGACAGACCAGAGCUAGAGGUAUCGCACGCGCCAUGCUGGACACUAUUCCCGUUGUCAAGUUUGGUGAGCAGCCGAAGCCAGACCCGAAGGCCACAGACAUCGAGUUGGCGGAUACCGAUACACCAGUGAUCCGUCGAUCCGUGGAGAAGGAUGGAACACAGGAGACAGUCGCAUCUGAGGAGGCUGCUCCCAGACAGUCUAUGGCUUCUGUUCGUUCAGGAAUUGGCGCCGCAUCAGGCCAUCCCGACUCUGAUGCUAUCGCGGGAAUGAGCGCAGCUGAAACAGGCGAAGCAUUAGGAUGCUCUAUCUGCACGGAUGACUUCGAGACCGGACAGGACCUCCGUGUACUACCUUGCGAUCACAAAUUCCACCCCGCAUGCAUCGAUCCCUGGUUGCUAAACGUAUCAUCGACCUGCCCACUGUGUCGUAUAGAUUUGAGACCUGAGGGAUCUACUGAAGCAGAUGCUACAGCAACAGCAGCAGGCGAGAAUGGCGAUCUGCCUCCUCCCAUUAACAGCUACAACGGUCAACCCUACCGCGUCAGCAUGCGUCGUAGCUUACUCAUUGGUCUAGGUCUUGACCGCGGACACAUUGAUCAGGGACAACGCAUGGCAGCCGCACGUGAGCUUCGUGAAAUGCAUCAUCACCCCGACGGCAUGGUGGUGCAGCAGCAGGAGCAGGGCGAAGAGGGUCAUCAACGCCGUAGACUACGGGAGCGCUUCGGUGUUCGUACCAGAAGAAGAGGACAGUCUGAUGCCCAAACACAGGCUGUUUCCGCUGUGCCUGAAGAGGCAACUGCACCUGCUUCGACGGCAGCUGCUGACGCUGGAGAACCCUCUGCAGAGCAGCGUCCUACCAACACUUAA